AUGCUGCUUCUCCUGCUCAGCUGUCUCCUGCCUGCUGCUCAAGGGCAGAACUGCCUUCAGUGCUGGCCAGAACUGCCUGCUUUAAUGGACUAUGACCUGCAGAUCCUAUGGGGCACCCCAGGGCCACCCACAGACCUUUCCCAAAGCAUUCACUCCCUGUUCCAAGAGAAAAGAGUCUUCCCCCAUCCUUGGUAUCUAGGACAGGAUCAUUUGGAGGAAGCAGCAGCCAAAUUAUUCAGUCACAUAGCUACAGCCAUUCAGAAGUUGCGAGAUGAUAAGCAGCAAUUCAUGAAUGAGGUUAAGACGCAGAAGCGACUGUUUUCUGAGAAGCUGAGCCAGAGAUCUGAGGAUCUGAAGAAGAAGGACCUAUACAAAAUGGAGGUCGUGGACUGUUCUAGCUGUAAGAAACACGUCCUCAUCUGCAAAGAUCCUACUAUAUGCCCAGCUGAUACCCAAAGAACCUUCUUGUGGGCUGUAAUUCUCAGCAUUGUUCUGUCUCUGGUAAUCAUGGCUGUUGGUGGGUGA